AUCCGCCAUUUAUUUUUUUCAAUCAUGGCUGAUUUGCAAGAAAGCUCCGCCAGCAUUUCUGUCUCAAAGGAAGACCCUGGCACUGUUCGUGUUGCUUUUAAUAAGCCCGAGGAUCAACCUGAAGCCUCUCAUGAUGAUCCUCCUACUGAAGAAGAAGCGAAGGCUGAGGAGAUUAGCUUCGAGAUUGAUGACAAGACUAGCCCUGCUAUGGCUGAACCGACACCCCCCACAACAAAGGAGACAGAGAAGGAAAGCGAGGAAGGUGUGAAACCUGUCCCUGUUCACAAAUUAUUUCGUUUUGCGACAGCCUUUGAUUGGCUCCUGAUAUCAAUCAGCAUCAUAUCUGCCAUCCUUCAUGGCUGUGCUCUCCCUGGCGCCAUGUACGUGUUUGGGGACCUCACCAACCUCUUCUUCAAUCACGACAUCUCGCGUCAAGUCUUUUCAGAAAUCCAAACAAAUAUCUCUAGCAUUUAUGGAAACUUUAUGUUUGUCGAGAACGGGAGUCUUCCUAACGUUACGUCUGCCAUUGCUACCUUAACCAUCACACCUAAUAUUCUUGCGACAGACACAAAUAUCACAACUCUAACCGUCUUAGCAUUUAACGCAAUCUCUAAUAGUAACACGACAACAUUUGAUGAAUUAAGCUGGCUUGGCUGUUUGAUUUCUAACUACUCAAGUGAAGCCAUUGAUGGGCUAGAUACUAAUUUUAAAGUCCUUCGAGAGCUAGCAACCAAUUCCGAGUACACCCUUCUUGUUACGACGGAUACUUGUCGCUGCGUCCAGAGCCAGUUCACCAGUUUCAGUCAAGAGGCGGUUUGUUAUUCAAACGAUACCUUCUUUUUUGGACGAGGAGGGAUCGACGGUAUCUUAUGGGUCAUAUAUCUGUUUCUGAUUAUUAGUGGCGGCUCUUUUAUACUGGGUAGCAUUCAGACGAUGACGAUGAAACUUGCAUCAGAGAGACAAGUGUAUAGAGUAAGGGUGAAGCUGUACUCUUCUUUCUUAAAGCAAGACAUUGGCUGGUUUGACUGCAAUGAUGUGGGGGAGUUAGCCGUACUACAACAAGAAAAUGUUGACAAGUUCAGCGAUGGUAUUGGGGAUAAGUUUGCAACACUCAUUCAGUGGCUGACCACAUUCUUUGCUGGGUUUGUGGUUGGGUUUAUAAGAGGAUGGCAACUUGCCUUACUACUGACAUUCAUCACUCCAUUCAUGGCAGUAGCUGGCAUUAUCUUUUAUAGAGUUGCUGCUUCGUUUACAAGUCAAGAGCAGAAGUUAUAUGCUGGUGCAGGUGCUAUUGCUGAAGAGGUCCUAUCAUCAGUUAGAACUGUAGUAGCCUUUGGAGGAGAAUAUAAAGAAGUGGACAGAUACGAGUCUCAGUUGGAGGAUGCUAGGAAAGUUGGUGGUAAGAAAGGAGCAGCAGUUGGUGCCAGUCUCGGCUCAUUCUAUAUCAUUGUGUUUAUCAUUUAUGCUGUUGCUUUCUGGUUUGGUGGGUAUCUGAUAUCAGUGGAGAUCCUCCUAGCCGGUGAUAUGCUGGCAGUGUUCUAUGCUAUACUAGUGGGAUCACUCUCACUGGGUCAGGCCACUCCUAGCAUUGAGAGUGUAGUGAAUGCCACAGGAGCAGCUGGAGAAAUAUUUGAAAUUAUUGAUAGAGAGCCUCCUAUUAAUUCUGAUUCAGACGAAGGACUCAAACCUGAUGAUUUCAAGCCGUCCAUUACAUUUAAAGACGUCGUGUUUAGAUAUCCAGCAAGACCUGAUGUACCAGUACUGACUGGUCUGGACCUACAGGUUGAUGUUGGACAGACUGUAGCACUGGUUGGAUCCAGCGGAUCUGGUAAGAGCACAGUCAUAUCACUGAUACAAAGAUUUUAUAAUCCUUUGGGUGGACAAAUUACUGUUGGUGGUUAUGAUAUUAAGGAGCUCAAUUUGAAGUGGUUGAGGAGUAACAUUGGUGUAGUAUCACAGGAGCCUGUACUGUUUGACACUACAAUUGCUGAGAAUAUUAGCUAUGGAAAAGAAGGAGCUACUACAGAAGAGAUAGAGGCAGCAGCUCGUGCAGCAAACGCUCACAACUUUAUAUCAGAGCUACCUGAUAGAUACAAUACUUUAGUAGGGGACAAAGGAGCUCAGUUGAGUGGUGGACAGAAACAACGUAUUGCUAUAGCAAGAGCUCUAGUGAGAGACCCAAAGAUACUCCUACUGGAUGAAGCUACCUCAGCUCUUGACACAGAGAGUGAGAAGAUUGUACAAGAGGCACUGGAUAAAGCAAGGGAAGGACGAACAACAUUCAUAAUAGCUCAUCGCCUGUCGACAAUACAACAAGCUGAUGUU